AUGGAAGAAAAAAAUAAAUUACACGUUUUUUUUAAAAUACGUACUUUGCUCUUCUUAACUUGGAUAUGUAAAUUUUAUAUAGACAUGAGUAUCUAUAAUAAAUUUUUGAAUGAAAAGAACCAUGCUAAUAUAAAAAUAGUUACCGGAAAUUAUCGUUUAUUAGCAAAGCAUAAACAGGGAAGGCGUUCAGAUAUAAUGUGGAAAAAAGAAGAAAUUCCAAAUAAUAGGGAAUACGAAAAAAAACCUAUCUGUAAUAAUGAAAAAGUAUCUAAAGGAAAGAAUAAACUUCGAAAUGAAUGUUCAUUAAAUAAUGCAAGAGAUUAUGGAAAAUAUAAAAAGUGUAAGUCUUCUGGGGGUAACAUAGAAAAUUAUUAUUUUGGAAAAAGAAUGUUAGACAAAAUAUACUAUAAAAAUAAGGUUAGGGCCGCUAUAAAUUCAGAUUUUGAGUUUUUAAGAAAGGACAUAUUAUUAAAAUUAGAUGUUAUUACUGUAUUAUUUAGCUUCGUUGUACUAUAUGCAUUAGCAGUCAUUCUUUAUAGAUAUUUCUCUUUAAAGAGUAGUAGUACGUUUGAAAUACCAUUUGAUAAGUUUGAUUUGCAUGAAACAAGUAUAGCGUUGUUGGUAAUAGCGAUUAUAGUUAUACCAGUUAUGAUUUAUAUAGGCAGAAAACUCAUAAGAAAUGUAAAGUUAAAAUAUAAAAAAUGUGAAAUAAAUAAUACGGCAUAUCCUUCUUUCCGUAAAGCACUUUUUUUGUAA